AUGACUUUCAGGCCUGCACCUGGCUACCAUCCCACUUAUAAUCCGACGCUGCCCUUCUGCAAACCCGUCCCAUGUGACCUCAACGUUGGGACGUUCGUCUACAUUGCUGGAGUGGCCCACCAGAACUUGCAAAGCUUCGUGGUGAACUUUGCCUUGGGGCCAGAUGCAGUAAGAGAUGACAUCGCCUUCCACUUCAACCCCCGUUUUGCUGGCUGGAACAAGGUCGUCUUCAACGCAAGGUUGUCGGGCAAGUGGGGUGCAGAGGAGGAGAAAAGGAAGAUCCCCUUCAAAAAUGGGGAGCACUUCGAUAUGCUGGUGAUGAUCACGCAGGAACAUUACAAGGUGCUGGUGAACGGAAAUCAUUUCUAUGAGUUUGGGCACCAGACCCCCAUCCAGAAAGUCACUCACCUGUAUGUGGAUGGGAACAUGACCCUUCAAUUGGUUUCCUUCCUUGGCAGCACUCCUACCUCCUCUGAGGUGCAAUCUGAACUUCAUGGGAAUGUCCGAAUCCAGGAGGCUGACCUGGAGAUCAACUUUACCCUUAAACCUAUGCUGUAUAUGCGGAGACUUCAGGGGGGACUGAAGACCAACAGAACCAUCAUAGUGGUGGGCUUCAUCCCCCUCUCAGCCCACAGAUUUUUUAUCAGCUUCAUUGUGGGAACCACAGGGGACAUAGCCCUGCACAUCAACGUGAGCAUGGAUGAGAAGGCUGUCGUGCGGAACAGUUUCCUAAAGGGGGCCUGGGGGCCCGAGGAGAGGAGCAUCUCCUACAAUCCCUUUGCUCCAGGACAGUACUUUGAUCUGUCCAUCCAUGCCAGCACCGAUAACCUCAAGGUAUUUGCCAACGGCCAGCACAUCUUUGACUACGAACAUCGUGUGUCGGCUACCUUGGCGGACAUACUGGAGAUCUCCGGGGAUGUCAUCCUCUCCUAUGUCCAGGUCUGA